AUAAUUUACGACUCAAACCAAAAAAAGCUGUAAACUUAAAAAGGGUUUGUAGUUCUCUCUGGAGUACGGGUGCAUCGUCUCUACUCUCUACCAGAAAUUUGAAGAACUCCAAGAUCCGGGUGUUCGAACAUGGCGGAAGUAAGUCUUGGUAUGCUUAUAGACAUUGUGGACGAAGAGUGGAUGAGGGACACUUUACCUGAUGAUGAUCUUCCACUGCCUCCAGUGCUUGCUGUUAAGACUGAUGAUACUGAAGAAACUAAUCAGGAAACUCAGCAUGCAGAUGCAGAAACUUGGCGCGAUCUCGCACUGGAUACACAGUAGUAGCCACUUGAGCACGAUGGAAGCUUCUUUAAACUCUUUCGUUUCUCGCCUGUGUAUGAUCAGAAACAAAAAAUUUCUUCAUUUUGUAUGAAGACAUAUUUUGCCUUGCCUAUUUAUUUAAAUUAAAAAACCUUUCGUUAGUGGAAUAAAUUUGCUUCUAACCA